GUCUGCAGAGUGCCGCCUCAGCGGCGGGAAGUGCGAGGCAAACUCUUCGCCCCGUAUGUGAGCCGAAAGGACCGCUUUGUGCUAGCGAGAAGCAGGUGUUCCCGACUCGCGAACAUCCACAUGUCGUGGUGAGAACGCUGCUGGAUACUGUAACAACUGCACGAGUGUUUGCACUCAGCAAAAUCCCAGCAGAAUGAGUUAUCAGAAAAUGGAUGAAAGAGUGCCCUCCAGAGGCAGAAUUCCACUGAAUAAAACUCCAAGAUACGGGGAAGAGGAAUUGGAGAAUGUAAACAUUACGGCUGUAGCUAGAAAAGUUGGCUUUGCUCAAGAUUCACAUAAAUACAAACAAAGACUUCUGUGACUCCUGUUACAGCGAUGAAACUGUAUGAAUUUCAUCCAUUAUUUCUGACAUUUGAGCUUUGUGUAGACCAAGAAGAUGAGAUGAAUUCAUGGACUUUUGGAUAAUACACAGCAGAGACAGUUUACCAUGGAAGCAACUUUGGAUAACACACACUGAAGAAGAUACAGUCAUUCUUGGUGUCCCAGGUAACACUUGUCCUGUAUUUGAUGCUAUUGUGUUAUGUCAGCUGCAGGAGCUGCUCAUAAAAGAGGACUGACUAUGUUUGCCCAUGCUGGUGGCCUCCCAGAGGAACAUCACAGGAGGAAUGCGUGCCACCCAGGCAGGACACAACCAGCCUGUUGAUGUGGCCCUGCACCUGAGGACACAAGGCCCUCUAAGGGCUGAUCUCACAGACUAACAUUUUAUUGUAAGCUGUGAAAAUAGAGAAGAUAAAGUCUUCUCUACAACUCCAGUGAAUGGCAAAAGGACUAACGUUGUCACAAGUGAGUUUAAGGUUAGACAUAAAGAAACGUGUUCCAGUAAUAAAGAUAAAUCAUGAAAAGUGAUUACCUGAGGAUGUUGCAGAGAAGAGAACAUUGGAGGUUUUUAGGAACACAAACUACUCACAGUUGUGUCAAUGAAGAAAUGGAUGAUCCUGUGAUUUGGCCUGGAGACUGGAUUAAAUCACUCUAAGGGUCUUUUGUGGUUUCUGUUCUGUGAGUUCUGGCUCAAGGACAAGCUUUGUUAUGAAAUUUGGCAUCAAGGGGAUUUCUUUGCUCCCUUUUGUUUUCUUCUCUCCCAGCUCCACUAAAGUGGCAUCUGCCUAGUUGGACAGAUGUGUUUAUGCACGUACAUGUAAGGGUGAAAAAGAUUUGGAACUUCGUGUUGUAAAACACGACUCAAGGAAAUUAAGAGGAGAGCAGUAUGCAUAAUGAGACCGAUUGUCAGAAGAUGAAGCAAAUUAGUACUGCUUUGCUUGAAACCUGUGUCAGCGAAGCAGAUCUGGAGAGCAGUCGUUGAUCUGCUGCCAACAGUAAAACAGUCCCCAACUGAGGUCACCUCUUCUCCCCAGCCCCAGCCGUGUGUAGAAAGGAUGACCCUCUCCAGGAGCGGGUGGAAUCACACAGCAUCUGCUUUCCCACAUGCCAUCUGGGUUUAGGAAGCGCUAAUCGGAGGCUGGCACAUCAGCUGCUCACAACACAUAGAAGGACAUCAGCACAGCUCUUCCUUCACCUCAUCAGAUCCCUGCUCUGUGUCUGCUGCCACCCCUCCUUCCUCACUCACACAGUCUGUCACUCUUGAACCCUGCAGCAAGGGAUGCUGUGGCAUCAGAGGCAUUCCUGUUACAUCCAUGUAAAUCAUGGGCACAGUCUGUGUUCAGCAGCGAUGCGGUAAACAGUAAUCUGCAUGGUCCUGCUGGGUUUGAGCGCAGUAAACUGCAAGAUGACACUUCUUUCAGAAGGAGAAACAAAUGGCCCUGGCAGGUGGUACAGGCUCAGUGAGAGACUCAAAACCAACUUCAAGCACGUGUUCACCACACGCCUGGCCAGAGCUGUGCUCAGUGCAUGCUGGAGCUUUCCUCAGGCAGAGGCGGCCCUGGAGCUGAAGUGCAGACCUGGCCCUGGAGGCGGGAAAGGUGCUGCAGAGGGCCCCUCAGCUGCUGGCACCUCCCCUCAGCACACAGGGAGCAGCUCGCCCUCUUCCAGAAGGUUCUUUGCACCCCGUGGGCUUCCCCAGGAUGAAGAGAUGACUGUCAUCAUUGCAUGCCUGUAGCACAGGAAAAGGAGGUGACCCAGGGGUCCUGAAGGCAGCAUUUGUGUGGCUACGUAACAAUACCUAACACAAACAACUGAGGUGUUUUAAUGGUAUGAAGGGAGAUUUGGGCCAAGGACACAGUUGAACCUCAAGCGUGGGAGUUUCAGGGAGUGAUAGAAAGACUGAACCUUCAGCUACUUUGACUGUGUCUGUUUGUCCCCACACCGCUCUGCUGCAGCUUUGGUGUGUUGUGUUUGGUUCAGUUGUGACCAAAUGCCAUGGAAUCAGAUGUCCUUGCAGCCUUUCCACAACACCCAGCAUCUUCAAUGUUUCGUAAGGUCCAAAUGCCUCUAAAAAUCCAGGUGCUGAUGCAAGCUACUGCUAGAAAGCAAGUCAGAUUCUGCUUACAUUGGCAGCGGAUGCACUGAAGGACAUCAGGGAAACUCCAAGUCUAGAAAGAUGCCCCACCUUGUGUCAUUUUGAACUUGAAUUUUGAAGAUACUGAGAACCAACAGCAACUCUUACAAACUUCAUCAACAGCUGGGAGGAUCCAUCUUACGGGAUCACCUAUUUGAGUUCAUGCCAGUCUCGAUAGGGUUACUGAUGCCAGCGAUUUAAGGAUCUUCGCAUCCAGUCUCAGUGGGUUGAGUGGGAGCACGCUACCAAGCCUUGGAAGUUGCUGCACAGUGAACGUAUUGCAUGCUGGAUCAUUUUCUCCACUUCACAGACUACGAAUGCCAGGUCUCAGCUGAAAAGGAACCUAAGGCUCCCCAUUUUGAAGUCAAGGUAGUUUAACGGUGUCUCCAGGAAGGCAGCACCCAUCCUUCACCAGCCAUGAGGCUUCCUCUGCUCUGCGCCUCUGUGAUGCUAAUGAGUCUGUCCCAGUGCCGAGCUGUCAGCUUUCCUGAAGACGAGGACCCUAUUAACAUUGUUGACUACCACUAUUCAAGGCAAUAUCCAGUAUUUAGAGGACGCCCUUCAGGCAAUGAAUCUCAGCACAGACUGGACUUCCAACUGAUGCUGAAAAUUCGAGACACACUUUAUAUCGCUGGCAGGGAUCAAGUUUACACUGUAAACUUAAAUGAAGUUCCAAAAUCAGAAGUUACUCCAAGCAGGAAAUUGACAUGGAGGUCAAGGCAGCAGGACAGAGAGAACUGUGCUAUGAAAGGAAAACAUAAAGAUGAAUGCCAUAACUUCAUUAAAGUCUUUGUUCCAAGAAAUGACGAGAUGGUGUUUGUCUGUGGAACAAAUGCAUUUAAUCCUAUGUGCAGAUACUAUCGGCUGAGUACCUUAGACUAUGAUGGGGAGGAAAUUAGUGGUUUGGCAAGAUGCCCAUUUGAUGCCAGACAAACCAAUGUCGCCCUCUUUGCUGAUGGAAAAUUGUAUUCAGCAACAGUAGCAGAUUUCCUGGCAAGUGAUGCUGUUAUUUAUCGCAGCAUGGGAGAUGGAUCUGCCCUAAGAACAAUAAAGUAUGAUUCCAAAUGGAUAAAAGAGCCACACUUUCUCCAUGCCAUAGAAUAUGGGAACUACGUGUAUUUCUUCUUUCGAGAAAUUGCUGUAGAGCACAAUAAUUUAGGCAAGGCCGUGUAUUCCCGUGUGGCACGCAUAUGCAAAAAUGACAUGGGGGGUUCCCAGAGAGUCCUGGAAAAACAUUGGACUUCCUUUCUGAAAGCUCGGCUCAACUGCUCCGUUCCUGGGGAUUCGUUCUUCUACUUUGAUGUUCUGCAGUCUAUCACAGACAUAAUAGAAAUCAAUGGAAUCCCCACAGUCGUCGGUGUAUUCACUACACAGCUCAACAGCAUCCCUGGUUCAGCAGUGUGUGCUUUCAGCAUGGAUGACAUUGAGAAGGUCUUCAAAGGUAGAUUUAAAGAACAAAAAACUCCUGACUCUGUUUGGACAGCUGUACCUGAAGACAAGGUACCAAAGCCAAGACCUGGCUGCUGUGCAAAACAUGGCCUAGCAGAAGCUUACAAAACCUCCAUUGAUUUCCCAGACGAAACAUUGUCCUUCAUCAAAUCUCAUCCUUUGAUGGAUUCAGCUGUUCCCUCAAUCAUUGAGGAGCCUUGGUUUACCAAAACACGCGUCAGAUACAGAUUGACAGCAAUUGCUGUAGACCACGCUGCUGGACCACAUCAGAACUACACAGUCAUAUUUGUUGGCUCUGAAGCAGGAGUAGUACUUAAAAUCUUGGCAAAGACCAGACCUUUCUCUUUGAAUGACAGUGUGUUACUGGAAGAGAUUGAAGCAUAUAACCACGCAAAGUGUAAUGCUGAGAACGAGGAUGACAGAAGAGUCAUUUCCCUUCAGUUGGAUAGAGACCACCAUGCUCUGUUUGUGGCCUUCUCCAGCUGUGUCAUUAGAAUUCCUCUGAGCCGGUGUGAGCGUCACGGGUCAUGUAAAAAGGCAUGUAUUGCUUCUCGGGAUCCAUACUGUGGCUGGUUAGACCACGAGGUGUGUGGGAGAGUGACACCAGGCAUGCUGUUCUCUUUGUUUGUUUCAUACAACCACAGCACUGGAGGAUAUGUGCAAGAUGUGGAAUAUGGCAACACAGCACAGCUUGGGGACUGCCAUGAAAUUUUGCCUACUACAGCUACACCAGAUUACAAAAUAUUUGGGGACCCAACAUCUGACAUGAAGUUCUCCUCAGCUUCCAUUACCACAAUGGCAAGUAUCCCAGUUAUAUCACCUAGAGUGAUUGGUUCCUGGAAACCUAAAGUGACUGGCUCUCGGAAAUUUGUAGUUCAAGAUGACCCAAACACUUCUGAUUAUUCUGAUCCAUUAUCAGGUGUCCCAAAGGGUGUAAGGUGGGAAGUGCAAUCGGGAGAGUCCAACCAAAUGGUACACAUGAAUGUCCUAAUCACUUGUGUCUUUGCUGCUUUUGUCCUGGGAGCCUUUAUUGCGGGAGUGGCCGUGUACUGUUAUCGGGAUGUGUUUGUACGGAAAUCCAGGAAAAUACACAAAGAUGCAGAAUCUGCUCAGUCCUGUACGGACUCCAGCGGGAGCUUUGCUAAACUGAACGGGCUUUUUGAUAGUCCUGUCAAGGAGUACCAACAAAACAUUGAUUCGCCCAAACUCUACACCAACCUGCUGACCAGCAGAAAGGAAUUGCCACCAAAUGGUGAUAUGAAGUCCAUGAUGAUGGACCACAGGGGCCAGCCUCCGGAAUUAGCUGCGCUUCCCACUCCUGAAUCCACACCAGUUCUUCAGCAAAAGACUCUGCAAGCCAUGAAAAGUCAGUCGGACAAAGCACACAGUAAUCUCAAUGCUUCACGAAAGGAAACCCCACUAAAAAGCCCUCAGUUUUUUCCUUCCAGUCCUCCACCUCACUCUCCUCUGAGUCAUGGACAUAUCCCUAGUGCUAUCGUUCUUCCCAAUGCUACUCAUGAUUACAACACGUCUUUCUCAAAUUCUAAUGCGCACAAGGCAGACAAGAAGAUGCAACAUAUUGAUCAUCCACUUACAAAACCAUCCAGCAAAAGAGACCACAGGAGGUCUGUUGAUUCCAGGAACACCCUGAAUGAUUUUCUGAAGCACUUAAAUGAAACUACUAGUAAUCCAAAAGCAAUUAUGGGAGAUAUUCAAGUGGCCCACCAGACUUUAAUGCUGGAUCCAAUGGGAAAUAUGUCUGAGAUCCCACCUAAAGUUCCCAACAGGGAGGCAUCUUUAUACUCUCCACCAUCAACUCUUCCGAGAAACAGCCCCACAAAACGAGUGGACGUUCCCACCACACCUGCAGUACCGAUGACCUCUUUGGAAAGGCAGAGAGGUUAUCACAAAAAUUCUUCACAAAGGCAUUCAAUAUCUGCCCUUCCUAAAAACUUAAACUCACCAAAUGGUGUUUUGUUAUCCAGACAGCCCAGUAUUAAUCGGGGGGGUUAUGUGACUCCCACAGCAGGCACAAAGAUGGACUACAUGCAAGGAACGCCUGUCAGCGUUCACCUCCAGCCUUCCUUGUCCAGGCAAAGCAGUUACACAAGCAAUGGCACUCUUCCUCGUACAGGAAUAAAGAGGACACCCUCGUUAAAACCUGAUGUGCCACCAAAACCCUCAUUUGUUCCUCAAACAACAUCAGUCAGACCACUGAACAAAUACAGUUACUAGGACGCAUCUGUCCUAAAAAUGAGCGUGGCAUUGACCUGUACAGGUUGUGAGAUGAUGUUGUGGUAGACACAUAAGACAGAGACUUGCUUGUAAUUAUAGAGAACAAAGUGGCCAAAGAAACUGUCUUUACUUCAGCAACAUCUGUGUCUUGCCACAGGUAGCUACAGCAAGACUUUGUGUACUUGCUGAGAGCAAAUGAAAAAAGAAAAACAAAACAAAGGAAAGUGCUGGUCAUUACAUUUCUUUUGUUUGGAGCUAAGGAGACAUGUAGCACAAUGGGGUGGGGGCUACUUUACUGUUCUGAAUAGCUAAAAAAGCAAACAAACAACAAAAAAAAAGUUCUUGGGAAAAGAAAUCUGUAAGCAAAUACUUGAAAAAUGGGUUCCAUUUUAGACUGCCAUUAAGCGUGGUCCUUCCCAUUAAAUGUGAACAUUUUAAUAUGUAUGCAUUCACCUUGCCUCUUGCACAAAUGUCAGAAAAUGGUAAUGUCUCAAUGACUAUCUGGGUUAAUAAUCAAUUUGCUGGAAUUCAGUCUCUGGCCCAACUGUAGCAUUUAUUUUUAUUUCUUUUUUCUCCUUGUGUGUGGCAUUUUGUUUGUGCCACAGAUAAAGCUGUGCGUGUGUGUGGGUGUAUGUGUGUACUGUACACACUAGGAUGUGCUUAGAUUCCCAUUGCAUCUUUUAUGCUAUGGAAUUGUUUACAUUGAGCAUGACUGAACAAACAGAUGACUCUGCCUUCUGCAGCCCAUUGGGUUCAGUUUGGCAACAGCCAAGGAAGAACAGUGCAUUGCCGCCAGCCUUCUGCAUGACAGCCUUGAUGAAGUGUUCACCCAGCAAAAAGAGUGCAGAUACCUUUAAUUCUCCAUAACUCUGUUAUGCUGCUAUCGAUUCAGAGCUGUACAUUUCAAACCUAGUCGUUUGGGCUGGGAUGGGGGAGUUCAGCUGUGUUUCCACAUUGCCUCCAUCCAAUACCUGGCCACUGUGAACCUGAGCCCCUGUACUUCUCAUUGAGGGCAGCUAGUAACAAUUCAUUUGGCAAAAGCCUGCUUAACUGGAGAAGGUUACACGUUUGUUGCAUUUAAAGAUGCCCUGUAGUCUGAUAGACUCUUGUCAGUGAAGAAAAAAAAAAGACAGACACAUUAAUUGGCCUGGCAGAAGCAGUCUGUGAAAAAUCAACAGUAGUGCAAUCAAUUUGUUUUUGUUGUUUAAUGUAAGGUUGUUGUUUUUUUUUUUUCCAAA